CAAGUGUUUCACUCUUUUCAUUCACGCUUUCAGAAAGGUUUUGGUAUUUCACAGCUUUUUGGGUUUCAUCACAUAAAACCCGCUUUUAAAUACAGGUUGAAGAAGAAAUGCAGUUUUGGGUUUAGUCCAAAUUGUGUGGAGAAAUGGGUUGUGCUUGUUUUGGUGCUCUGAAUUGGCGUAAAGGGAAGAAUGAUUCCUCUCAACUUGAGACUCCAGGGAUUGGCACCAGUAAUGCAAGGCUCUUUUCCUAUAAUUCAUUGAGAUCAGCAACAAUGGACUUCCAUCCGUCGAAUAAAAUUGGUGGAGGGGGUUAUGGAGUUGUCCAUAGGGGGGUCCUUAGAGAUGGUACUCAAGUUGCUGUCAAGUCUCUUUCUGCGGGAUCUAAACAAGGCACAGAUGAGUUUCUGACAGAGAUUAACAUGAUAUCCAACACACGGCAUCCGAACCUCGUUAAGCUAAUUGGAUGCUGUGUUGAGGGAGAUCAUCGGAUAUUGGUAUAUGAAUAUCUGGAGAACAACAGUCUUGCAAAUUCUUUGCUUGGUUCAAAAAGCAAAUAUAUUUUUCUGGAUUGGCCAAAAAGAUCUGUGAUUUGUGUGGAAACCGCUAUUGGUCUUGCAUUCCUUCAUGAGGAAGUCGAACCCAAUAUUGUGCAUAGAGAUAUUAAGGCUAGCAAUAUACUUCUUGACGGAAAUUUUCUCCCUAAAAUUGGAGAUUUUGGGCUUGCAAAACUUUUUCCAGACAACGUCACCCAUGUUAGUACUCGAGUGGCAGGAACUGUAGGUUAUCUCGCCCCAGAAUAUGCACUCUUAGGACAGCUUACGAAGAAAGCUGAUGUGUACAGUUUUGGGGUGCUGAUGCUUGAAAUAAUAAGUGGAAGUAGUAGCAGCAAAGCAGCAUUUGGAGAAGAAUUGCUGGUUUUGGUGGAAUGGACAUGGAAACUAAGAGAAGAAGGAAGACUUCUGGAUGUUGUUGACCCAGAGUUGACCAAAGUUCCGGAGGAUGAGGUAACACGCUUCAUUAAAGUUGCGCUCUUUUGUACACAAGCAGCUGCACACCAAAGACCCACGAUGAAGCAAGUAGUGGAGAUGCUUUCGAAACAAGUUCAGCUGAAUGACAAGGCGCUUACCAAGCCUGGAGUGUACAGAGCACACGGCGCAAGGCACUUCGGUGGUGCUAGUUCGGAGGAGACGUCAUCUUCACAGGCAGAGAAAGGGAAGCAAUCAGCGAAUCGUUUCGAGGAUCCAACACAGUCAAAUGUUGCGGACUUUGUAACAGAAAUGUUUCCAAGGUGAUCAUCCGCCAGUGAGCAUCAUAGGAAUGAUCUAUUAUCCAUUGUUGACGAGGCAAUGCUGCACGUUUGAGUAUAUGUUCUUUCCUGUUAUAUGAGUAGUCUUCUUGAUGUAGAAUUAGAGAAGGAAAUAGUAGAGAUAAGAGAAAGAAGAGGAAGUGGAAGAAAUUUAGACAAAAAAAAAAAACAAAAAAGAAAAAAAAAUUGAGAUAGAGGGAUGAGGAGAGAUCGAGAAGGAUAAUAAUAUUGAGAAUUCUACACUCAAUAAUCAAUCCAUUCUGAAUUUGUGAAUUGUAGCCAAUUUAUAGGGUCAUUACAAAACCAAACAGUACUAUAGAUAUAUUAAAUUAAAUGCAUAAAAUCAUAUAACUCUACAAAAUAAAAAU